CAACAGCAAACUACAUUCACUUCAUCAAUGUUCAAAAGAUUAUCAAUUUACUUGGCUUUGGCUUUAGCCAACGUCUCAAUGGCCGCGCCAAUUACAACCAAUGAUUCGCUUCCUGCUAUUCCUCAAGAAAGUAUAAGCGGAUAUUUGGAUUUGACAGGUGCAGACGACCUUGCCCUCUUACCAGUCUCCAAUGACACUCAUACGGGAAUUCUUGUCGUGAACACAACUAUUUUGGCUUCUGCUCUUGCCUCUGUGAGCCAACACAGCAAACGAGAAGCUGAAGCCGAACCUUGGAGGUGGUUGAGUCUGGCCAGAGGUCAACCAAUGUACAAGAGAGAUGCAAACGCAGAUGCUGAAGCUGAACCUUGGAGAUGGUUGAGUCUGGCCAGAGGUCAACCAAUGUACAAGAGAGAUGCAAACGCAGAUGCUGAAGCUGAACCAUGGAGGUGGUUGAGUCUGGCCAGAGGUCAACCAAUGUACAAGAGAGAUGCAAACGCAGAUGCUGAGGCUGAACCUUGGAGAUGGUUGAGUCUGGCCAGAGGUCAACCAAUGUACAAGAGAGAUGCAAACGCAGAUGCUGAAGCUGAACCUUGGAGGUGGUUGAGU